AGGGCCGGCACCCAGCGCCGGCCGGCCGGCUCCAUCCUGAUAGGCUGCGCUGCUGAAAAAACAUGAUGUCAGCCAGAGUUUAAGUGCUAUAUAUAGUGUGUGGACAAGACUACAAACUCCGUGGAUCUGUCUUGACCAGGAGAACACCUGGGACAGUGUCUCUAGGCCUCUCACGACCGAAGUCAUUAACUGCACCCCAGUGUAAAGGUCAGCCUUGCAGCUUUGGAAGCCCCCUUAUUCUUUACUCAGCUUGCUGGCCUGCAUUCAUGUACAGGACAGACAUGCACCUAGCAGAACCCUGACUCUCCUGGCAUGCUGGCGGUUUCCUCUCAAUUGGAUGUGUCCCAGAAAAGAAGAUGAUACAACAUAGGAAUGGGAAAUACAAGAAGCUUGAACAGUUCUGGAAGUCAUAGGAACAAAACCAACAGAGACAAGCUUCCUGGAUACAGUAAAGAUUAAUACUGUUAGAUGCAAACCAAAUAGAAGAGAUUACAAAGCAAUAAAAGUUGUUUUACUACAAGUAGAGAGCCAAUGGCAGUUUUACUCAGACCGUGUCAUUGUAACAGGACUGGCUGUAAGAUGGAACUGCCUGGUUUUGCUGUUUGGAUGUUUGUUUGCCUCUAUGCAUCUGUGGUUGGCUAUCCAAAUGGAAAAGUAAGAGAAGCCUGUACUAGCAUGGUACCCUGUCAUGGUAGCUCUCCUCAUCUGCCACCUGAGCACACCAUUACAGUGAAUGGGACUGAAUUUAAACCAGGGGACAGCAUAGAAGUUCACCUGUCUGGUCCAGAUUUUGAAGGCUUUUUCAUACAGGCCCGGGAUGCAGAGCACCUGGAUAGCCCUGCCGUUGGUUCUUUUGUGUUGGCUGACAGGAGACGUUCUCAGCUGCUGACCUGUGGUCGUACCAAGAAUUCAGCUGUUAGCCACACAAGUAAAGUGAAGAAGAAAGACAUAAAAGUUUAUUGGGUUGCUCCUGGAGAUGCUCCAAAACAUGUACAGUUUCUAGCCACAGUUGUGAAGAAAUACAGGAUUUUCUGGGUAAAAAUUCCAGGUCCCAUUGUUUCUCAGCGUGGUGUGCUAUCCCCAACACCACCUUUGUAUGCAACAUCAGAGGCUAUGUCAACUUCACACCCAGUUUCCUACAUAUCGAAACCAUUUAGUGCAUCAAGUUGUGGAAUUAUGAAGUUCUGCAUUAGGAACCCUACAAACUGUGAUCCUGGAAGUGCUUCCUGUUUUUUUCUGUCCUUCCAACAAGAGGGGAGUUCAGUUUUUAUUGAAAUGAGUGGUCCAAGUGAAGGAUAUUUAGCAUUUGCAUUUUCCCAUGACCAGUGGAUGGGUGGUGAUGAUGCUUAUCUGUGUGUUAAUGAGGAUCACCGUGUUCAUGUGAGCACUGCCUGUCUGAAGGAGCGGAGUCAUCCUCUCUUGGAUUCAGAGAAUGCCCUUGAAGAUGUGGCAUGGAGGCUUGUAGAUGGUGUUCUUCAAUGUUCUUUCAGAAGGGAUAUUCGUCUCCCUGCUGAUAAAGGGAGAUUUAAUCUGGAUACCAGUUACUACAUCUUUCUUGCAGAUGGGGAAGCUAGUGAAGGUGGGCUCAUACACAAACAUCGUCGCCAGCCCCUGGUCACCGAUGGACUGUACAAUGUCACAGGCCUUCCUCAGGAUAUCGGAGGUUCCCGGGCCCCACGGCUUAUCAAGGCUCAUGGAGCACUGAUGUUUGUUGCUUGGAUUACCACAGUUAGUAUUGGUGUUAUUGUUGCACGAUUCUUCAAACCUGUCUGGUCUCGUUCAUUCCUACUUGGAAAGGAGUUGUGGUUUCAGGUGCAUCGUAUGCUUAUGCUGACCACGGUCAUGCUGACAAGCAUUUCUUUUGUGUUGCCUUUUGUAUACCGAGGAGGGUGGAGCCACCAAGCAGGUUUUCAUCCUUAUCUUGGCUGUGCUGUGAUGGCUUUGACAAUCUUUCAACCACUUAUGGCAGGUUUCAGACCAUCUCGUCAUGCACCAAGGAGGCAAUUGUUCAACUGGUUUCACUGGAGUACUGGUACAACAGCUAGAAUAUUAGCUGUGGUGACAAUGUUCUUGGGAAUGGAUCUGCCAGCACUUGACCUGCCAGACCCGUGGGACACCUAUGCAAUGAUUGGCUUUGUAGCUUGGCAUGUUGGCACUGAUGUUCUUCUGGAAAUACACAGCUACUGUCUCGUUCGGAAAGCUGAAGUGAUAGAGGAUGAUAGAGUACAGAUACUGCAGUCACUCACAUCUGCAGAAGCAGAGGGUCGUCUGUUUAAACAGAUUGUGUUAACCAUCUAUGUCUGUGGAAAUAUAGUGUUCCUUGUUGCCUUCCUGAUAGCAAUCAACCAAGUAUGAAAUAGCUAUUUGAGACAUUUUGUGACAAAAUUUUAUGACAAAAUACUGUGCAGUUGAAAAAUCUGCAAGGAAUACUUUUUAUUACAACUUUUUUCUCAACGUGUCCCUGAAGAUGUAAUUGAAGAAUAAGAGCACAUGCAUGUCAUGCUCAGUGCUGGGGAGACUGGGAAUUCAAAUCUAGAGAGAAAUACUGCAGUCCUACAAAACCUGUCUUCUGAUGGGACUUUUAAUGGGAACCUUUGCCUGAGUAAGGAAUGAAAUCUCUAUUUUUUAAGCACACUAGUUAACUUGAUUAAAGCUUACAGGUUAAGAGAAGACUGAGAAGGUGUGCUGAAAAUGUUAUUUUGCUAGUCAGUUCCCUAAACCUCUUGUGAAUAUUACUGGGGGAACGGGUAAGAUAUGACUCAUGAUAUGGAUCAAUCUGUCCACUUCACUGUGUCUGAUAUGUGAUGUGCCAGCUUCCUGCUCUUGACAGUCUUGUGCAUAAAGAAACCCUCAACCAAACAAACCCUGAAACUUGGUGAAAAAUUGUCACAAAUACAGGUUGAUGUAUAAGCCAAAUAUAUAAAAGUAAAAUGCAAAAAGAACUGUCUGCUCUAAGAGCAGUGUACUUGCACAACAAGUAUAGAAGUUUGGGAAUUUCAGUCCUUUAGUAAAACCUCCAUUUGCCUCAUUCAAAAUACUGCUCUGUCUCAUCCCUCUUGGUGCUUCUAAAUCAUAAAGAGAAAACAUGUUUGCAAUAUAAAUGCAUUAAAACUUAUUCUAACUUAUCCAAAACUCAAACCAAGAAGAACCUAGCUGUGUUUAUGGAUUUCUGUCUUUGGUUGCUUUGAAUUACUUGACUGUGAGAAUAAGAUAGAUUUAUGCCAAUUGAUGCUUUAAUAGGAUUGCUCUGGAAUGUUGCAGUUGUAUUUGGGCUAUUGAGCAAAAUGUAACUUGGGAGCUAGGUAGACUUCAGGAAAAGACUUCAGCUUCUGUUACUGUUAAGUGAAAGCCCUUUGAGCUGGCAUAUCUAGAAGACAGAACUGUAACAGUUCUGUAACUAUUCUGUUCUGCAAGAACAUUGGAAGGAAUUUUUUAGGGUUAACAAAAGGUUUCUCCUAAUAUAUGAACUAGGUGCAGACACUAGAAAGAAAUUAUAUUGUUUAACUUUUUUGGUUCAUGGUUUGCCCAAGUAUGGAAGGAUACCCUUGAAAGGGCAUUUUGGGGAUGAAACCUUAGUAUGCUGUGCAGUUACAGUGUUUUCUCAUUGUGUUAUGUGGCUCUAAACAGCCUGCUCCCACACAUCUUCAUUUUUCUUACUGGAAAAUAUUGAUUUUUAGUUGUAACAAUUCAAAAUAUAUAUUUUUUAGGCUAGGGCUACUAAAGUAGCUGGGAAUGAAGGUGUUGGGAGUAUGGGAUAGAAUAGUGAGUAGUGAGGCAUGACUUGGUAUAGAGUUUUCCAGCAACAUCUCUACAAGCAUGGCCAGCUCUAAAAUACUUGUAGGUGUGGGUGAGGUGCUGGUUCUGUGCAGUUACCAAAGCUGUCUGGUUCUGCCUCUUCCACCUUCCCGAGUCCAUAGUGCAGCCUGUUGCCUGGGCAGGUAAUAUUCAGGAAGUGUUUGUAGUCAGUGAUCUUUUUGGCUGCUCAGAUCUCUGAUUUAGCCAUAAGGGUGUUUAUGGAGCUGGGAUUAGACCCUUUGUCAGCAGCAGCUGACUGCGAGUGAGUCCAAGCUGAAUCAUCUCCCUUAGAAAAGUCAUGUGCAGAUUGGGAAAGGGGGGGCUACAAAGAAGUGAGUUACAACCCAGGCUGAGGGACAAGCAGCAUGGGGCCAACUGUGUGGGUGUGGAGUCUUUUUUAGAGAACUCUUAUCUCAAAAGCCUGAGAAUCUCAGGCUCAUGUACUGCUAAAGUUUUGUGGGGACUCCUUCAUCUACUGUGAGUUUAGAGGAAAAAUCACUCAACCUAGGCAUGAUUGAUGGCUUUUUAAAUGAAGGUUAAUGACAGAUUCUUUCUGUAAUAUAAUAGCUGUACUGAAGGUUGUUUGAUUUACACGUGACAAUGAACAUGGGUUUUAAAACAUGAAUGUAAAUAUCUCAAUAAAAGUUCUUGUCCCUUUUACUAAUGUGAAAAUACUGUCAAAAGGAAACUGGAAAAGUCUUGCUUAGGAGCAAAAUGGAUUGUCUGGUUUUUGUAGAUGCUGUUUUAAAAAUUAAAGCUAUGUAAAUCCUUCCUAGAGAAACUAAUUUUGAAAUUGAAUGUUAAAAUAGUUUCACUUUUUAAAGCAGUUUUUUUUCCUCAAGAAGAAAAAAAAAAUCCUUGUUCCACAUAUAAUACAACUUCAAAAUUGGCAAAAUUAUUGGUUUCUCUGGAUAACUUUUUUCUUCCUACUGCUUGCAGUAUUCUUCUGGU